GCAUGCUUCCUCUCUGCAAUGCGGGUUGGACAUGCAGAAUACUCGCGGAAUACGAUACACCACCAAUCGUCGACAAUGCCUCUAGCACGAUCUUGUCUGCACCUGCUGCUCCUCUUCUCCAGCAUCGCAGCGGCGGCCUCUGCGGCGACAGAGCGGAUCCCGAACUCCACCACGUGGCCGUCGUCGUGCCCGUCGUACCGGUGCGGCCACGCCGUGGACAUCCGGUACCCGUUCUGGAUCGACGACGCCAGCAACGCCUCGUCGUCGUCGUCGUCGUCGUCGUCCUCGGACUGCGGGUACCCGAGCCUGCGGCUGGAGUGCCGGCGCGAGACGCCGGUGCUGCCGCUCCCGUCGGGGGACUACGCCGUGACGCGCGUCAUGUACGGCGACCGCACCGUGUCGCUCUUCGACCUCGGCGUGUUCUCGCUGUCCAACACCUGCCCGCUGGUGGGCCGCAACCUGUCCCUCCCCGCGGGGUCGCCGCUGUCGCUCACGCCCCGGGACGCCAACCUCACCUUCUUCGUCCACUGCUCCUUCGCGGGCGUCCCCGCGCGCCACCUCGUGGCGUGCCUCGAGGGCGACGGCAGGCACCACUCGUACGUGUUCUGCGACGGCGACGAGCUCGCGCCCUACGCCUACGCGGGGCUGUGCCAGAGCGUCAUCGCCAUGCCCGUGCUGCGGAGGUCCCUGCUCGGCACCGGGAGCACCACCAGGAGCCCGCUGGACGCCAUCGUGCCCGCGCUCAACAUGGGGUUCGAGCUGAGCUGGAGGCCCGAGGCGGACGGGGAGUGCGGACAGUGCGAGAGUGCCGGCGGCCUGUGCGGGCGCCGUCGGCUGGCGGGGCAGCACGGGGCCUGGACCUUCGCGUGCUUCCGCGCUGCGGCGGCGGCGAACCCAGCGUUGAUUUCUCCUAAAACUCCAGUGCGGGAACCUAAGCAUCUACUACCCGUUCUGGCUCACGGGCACGCACCAGCGGCACUGCGGCUACAAGGCGUUCCAGGUCACCUGCGAGGAGCGGAAGGUGUACCUGAAGAACUCGUACUGGGCGUACCAGGUCCUGGACAUCUCGUACGAGAACAGCUCGUUCGUCGUCACCAACGUCAACCUUCCGGAGGACGGCGGCUCCUUCUGCGACCUCAGCCUCAUCGGCAACGCCUCCUCCGACCUGAGCGCCGCGCCGUUCAAGAUCAGCGGCAGGAACCGGGAGCUGUUCUUCCUCAGCGAUUGCCAGGGCCAGGGCCAGGCACGGCAGCCGUCCCCUCCUUCUUCUUGGGCGCAAAUGAAUUGUAGCGACUACGGCGACGGCUCGGCCGCCGCCAAGUCGUUCGCGUGGCUUGCUGGCAAGUACAGGCCCGACGACACCUUGAAGCCGCCGCUGCCGCUGAACUGCACGGUGUCGUCAUUGAUGCCGGUGCUGGGAUACCAGGGGGCCGGGCCGGCCGACUACGACCGCCUAAUGAAUCUUGGGUUCCUCCUCGAGCACAACUUCACGGCGGAGGACUGCGCGGCUUGCGCUAGCACCGGCGACAGGUGCUCGGUCGACCCCGACGACGACCAGCUGGUGUGCAACUGCUCCGACGGCCAGUACUGGUUUUUCUGCGGUCAGUAUGUUAAUUUGCCGGCCCUUACGAUUCAGUAAUUCAUUUGUUUACCUUG